AAAGGUAACAAUUACUAUUACCCAAUUUAUUAGGGGAAAAAAGAAAAAAAAACAGUUAAUAUAUGAAGGUGAAAAGUAGGCAUGCUAGUUGUAGUUUGUACCGAACCACUCUCCAACAAACCAAGCAAGAAUUUCAUCAACAGAAAAAAACCAAAACAGCUUCCGAACUCCCAACAAAGAAGUAGACCAAACAACAAUGGUGGCUUCACCGACGUCGUUUCCAUCAGCUGUGAGGGUUGUUCGUGCUCUGCAGCCAAUUUCCUUGGACGGUGGUAGCCGGCAGAUCUUUAGAUCCAAACCCACAUCCUUGACGACGGCAGCAAACCCGUCGUUGCGUAUGAAGAAGCCAACCGAUCAUGAAUUCACCACAACAUUCCUAAUUCCCUGUUCCACACGCCGUGUAAUACCCUCCCCAUGGGCUGCAUAUCGGUUUAGCGAAGCAGAACUUUCGGAUCUGUAUAGGCAUGCACGUGUCACUUCUUCAGAGGAGGAGUUGCAAAAAAUUGUGGAGAUAGAGCAUCUCAUGAAGAUUAAUUAUAGGGAAUUUAACGAGGUGGCUUUGGAAGUAAUUGCUUAUAGUAUUGAAUUGGCUAAAGAAAAACAGCAGCACGUGGUGGAGACUGAGCAUCUGAUGAGGGCUAUAUUCAAUUGUCAUGAUUACCUUGCAGAGCUAUUUCUGAAGAACUCUUACGCUGGUCCAUUGGAAUUUUACGUGGCUGGGGUCCACGACACUACCCCUAUGAUAGAGGCCACCGAUAAAUUCAUCCAAUCCCAACCAUCUUCAUCAUCCAAGGAUGCUGUUGUGAGGCAAGGACCUUAUUUGGAAAGUCUAAUCCAACGGGCUAUUGAACUCAAGAAAGAGUGUGGUGAGAAAAUUGUGUUUGUUGAUCAUUUGGUUGGUGCUUUGGCACAAGAUGAAAGGUUUGGCAAGCAGUUGAUGAAGGAUUUUCAGAUAUCCCACCAAUUUUUGCAUGAUAGUAUUCUACAACCCAAAACUACUUUAGUAUCUUUUAUGAAUUCAGUGGCUCCUGAAUACGAUAUGUCAUAUUUUUUGACCACUUCAAUACCACCCCGAUAUAUCACAAUUGAAGAGGAAAAGCUCGAGGCUUGCUUGAACAAGGAAUAUCCUCGUGGUAGUUUAUCCCCUGUAUACUAUCAGUUAAUCAAACAAAAGGUGAGCGGUAGUUGUGCAGAGGAGCUUUACUUGGAAAGUUUGCAGCAUCAAAUAGAAAGUGAUCUUAUGCCAAGUGCCCGAUGUGACCAAAGUGAUUCUUAUGUGGCAAGGGAUUGGAAUGAGCUAGGGGUGACAAACUGUGGAAAUGAGACAAAACUCCUAAGUGGAUCAUUCUAUCGAGGCGGAUUGCCCAAGGAAUUAUAUGUGGUGAAAGAUGUAUUAACGGGAAUGAGAAAACAUGUUCAUCUGCUGGACAUAACAACUCUAUCACAACUCAGAAAAGAUGCACAUCCUGGCUUUUAUAAUGGCUUUAGGCGCAUGGACUGUAACCAUUGGUGUAUUGCUGGACUUCUAGAUACUUGGAAUCAAAUUUUUAUGCAUUUCUCAUAAUUGUUAUGCUUGUUCUGGUAUUUUUAGUUUAUAAAAAUGAUCAUAAGGUUGCUUAGGUCCUUCCUUCCAUAGAUCACCAUUUUUAAGGGAAUCAAGUUUCAAAAA